AUGGGGUCAAGAAUUUGGGCUCACCUAACAGCAGCGGCCACGAAUGCAGUGGGUGCGGCAGCCAACAUCUUUGCUAUGGUUCCGGGGAAUGAAGCACCAAACAAACAUGGCGCUCAUCACAUGGUGGGCACAAAGGAGGGGGCAUCUUUGCCUGAUCGCCCCGCUCGAUUGAAGAGGACUCGUGCUGCUAGAGAAGGUGACAAGCAAGAACAGCCACGCAAGACGAAGAAGCGAAGGAAGUCCUCUGCAGCAGCAGCAGAACAAAUGGGCGCCAGGACUGAAGUAAUGAGGGAGAAACAUGUAUCAACAGAGCAGCAAGUGGAGGUGGGAGGAUCGGACGCGCAUGCCGUCGUGCCUCAAGAAGAGUACACAGAGAUGGCACUGGACGUUUCCCUGGAGCCUUUCCUGCCACCCAAGAGCCACUAUAGCCCUGCGGUGGCACUGUGGGAGCAAGUGGCAGCAGCAGAGAUGGAGGCCUCCCAGGCGGUCCUCAAUGCAAAGCAUCUGCGAGAGGAGGCCGAGAGGGCAGAACGCGGAAAGGGUGACCUUCCAGCCCACGUAGCAGUACUCCCAAGCAGCUCGGGGACAGCAGGGCCUCUGGUGGACAAGGUGUCGACACCUAUCCAGGCCACACCGCAUCCUUCGGGAGUGGAGGCGUAUUUGAAUGGUGGCCUUAUGACAAAACAGUUCAAACAACAGAGGCUAAACGCUGCGCAGAAAGCAGGUCCGUCCGUGGUAGCAGCACCCCCCGUCUUCCAGUCCUGCAAUCUAACAGGCAGCACGGCCCAUGGAAAGCCCCAGCGCAUUGCAUGCCUGGGCCUGGAAGCCCCUCCGAACCCUCUUUGUCCCGACCUCGAGGCAGACCCGGAGGAAGACGGCAGCCUGACGUCAGCCUAUGGCGGUGCGUUGGGAUCGUCUGCAGACUUCACCGUCCCAAGUGACGGCCGCCGGCAGUACGGUCUGCGCAGCAGAGAGACUGAUCGCAAGGGGAAAGCGAAGGUCUCUUGGGACGCUCCUUCCUCUUCUCAUAAUAGCACCGUCAAUGAGGCGGGCCCCUCCGCAGUACCAGCAAACACCCCCGGGAACACGCUCGAGUACGAUGACGUCAUGAGCAGGGUCAUGCCGGCCCACGCCCGCUUCAACCACGGUCCCAGCCGCCUGGUCCGCGUGACGAGGCGGCGGAAACCCGCCUUCUGGUAUGCGGCGAAGGUGCUGCAUCUUUCCCCCGAAACGCAGGCGGAUCUCGCCCGCUUCCACGCGUGGCUUCGGAAGCCCCCACCUACGUGGCAAGGUGGGCCAAACUGCAAGGACUCGGCGGUCAAGAUCGUGGAUCGCAUCCGGGGGAUGCUGGGCUGGCUGAGUUACAUCGCGAAGCUCACCAACGUGGCUGACGUCAGGCUGCGGGACUUGGUGCCGUCGGCUGACGUGGGCGGCGCAACGCUGGCUCACGAGCACGUCAAGUGGUUGGCGGACGAGCGGGCGGCAGUCGAGUCGACGCUGCAGUGCGUCUACCGGAGCCUGCUGCACCUCGCCAUGUAUCUGUACCACACGGAAUCCAAUCUACACCCGUUCGGCGGGCAGCCCCCGUACGGCGACGUUGCGGUGGUUGCCGUGCUCCGCAGCCACUCGGGCUUGCUGCAGCGCAAGGCCAAAAAGGCGCCCAAGGUGGCGGACCAGAAGGCCAAGCUCGUGGCGUGGCCCGUCAUCGUGGGAGUGGUGCUCAAGGAAUUGCGGGCAGAAUGUGCAGGACUGUAUGAGAAGGGCUCCCCCAGAAAGGCCUUCACUGUUGCCAAGUCCGUCCAAAAGUACCUGAUUGCGGCAAUCCUCGCGUGCUGCGGGGACCGCCAGCGGACCAUCCGCGAGCUCAAGGUCGGCGAGACCCUGAUCAAAGAGAACGGCAGGUGGGUCAUUUGCCUUCAGCCGAAGCACCACAAGACAGGCGGGUCCGGGGCCGAGCGGCCAAAGAUUCCGCUCCCGACUUUCGUGUCCUCUGACAUGGACGCGUACCUGGACACGUGGCGCGAAUACCUGAGGCCAGAGCAUAAGUUCGUAUUCUGCUCCGCGACAGGCCGGCAGCUGAACGCCUCGGGCCUGUGCCAUUCGUUCAGUGAGACCGUCUUCAGGAUCACGGGGCUGAAGAUGAACCCGCACCUGGUGCGCACGUCAAUCGUGAUGCACUUCCGAGCGCAGGCUACGACCGACCGCGAGCUGGAGGCCCUGGCGCUGUGCAUGGGCCACAGCGUGGCUGUGCAACGGACGACCUACGAUCUGCGCAGCGUGGAUGACAAAGCUGGUCCGGCAUUGGCCAUGGUUGAGGGCGCCUUCGAGAAACUCAUGUGUAUCUUUUGACAUGAGUUAUUUCCUGCGUUGCUCGCAACUUAGACGGGAGAGGCUUCACAACGAAGGCGAGACAUACAAGCCGCUGCUCGCUAGAGUUAGACAUUGCUUCUUUAGAAGAUUUGUCUAACGAGCCAAUGAUUGGGAGCUCACCUGCAAUACGCACUUGCGUAGGCCAUGAAUUACAGACCAUCUACUAGUGAGUCCGGUUAAGAAGGCGUGCUCAACUCCCCCAGUUUGUGACCAGAGGCACACAAGAUGUUGAAAUGACGGAGUCUGCUCUUGAGCUGCAUUCGUUUCAAGUGGUUGCAGCUACCGCAGGUAGGUGGGACUAGUCGAAAAUUGGUAUAAGGUGUGGCUUAACAUCUAAAUGAAAAGCAAUAUGAG